AUGGUUCCCCUUACCAUGUUGUUAAAAAGAGAGACCAUUGGCUACAGGUUUGGUUCAGGACAGCAGAUGAUGAAUCAUCUACUGUUCAUGGAUGAUUUGAAGUUGUAUGGUAGGUCGGAGGAAGAACUGGAGAAGUUGGUUGACGUAGUUCAUGUGUUUUCGAGGGAUAUUGGAAUGGAGUUUGGGUUGGAUAAGUGUGCUGUGUUGAUCUUGAAACAAGGGAGCAAGGUGCACUGUGAAGGAAUUUUAUUACCUGAUGGUAAGGAAAUGAGUGAGAUGGAUGAGAGUGGGUAUAAGUACUUGGGUGUGUUGGAAGGGGCUGAUAUUAUGCAGAAAGAAAUGAAGCAGAAGGUGAGAGAUGAAUACUUGAGGAGGGUGAAGCUUGUGGCAAAAUCCAAGUUGUAUGGUGGUAAUUUGAUCAAGGCAAUCAAUGCUUGGGCUGUUAGUGUGGUAAGGUAUAGUGCAGGUAUCUUGGACUGGAGUGAUCGAGAGUUAAAGGAGAUGGAUGUAAAGACUAGAAAGAGGUUGACAAUGUUUGGGACAUUUCACAAGAAGGGGAGUGUUCCAAGAUUGUACAUGAAGAGGAAGCAUGGUGGUAGGGGACUGAUCAGUGUUGUUGAUUGUGUGAGAGAAGAAGAGCUUGGUUUGUGUGGGUAUGUGAAAGCCAGUGAAGAGUGGAUGCUAAAGGUGGUUGGUGAGAUGGUAGAAGUUGGUGAGACGAAGAAGGAGUAUAAGAAGAGGGUACAGAAGGAGAGGAGGGAGAAUUUUAUGCAGAAGAGGCUUCACGGAAAGUUUAUGAGAGAUGUGAGUGAAGUGGCUGAUGAGAGGUCAUGGCAGUGGUUAAGAGCAGGGUAUUUGGGAAAGGGCACUGAGGGGUUUGUGUUUGCAGCACAAGAACAGGCUUUGAGGACGAGGUUUUUCCGAGCCACGAUCCAAAAGGAAGCUGUUGAUCCAAAGUGCAGGGUUUGUGGUAAGGAGGUGGAGUCUGUGGGACAUUUGGCGAGUGGUUGUAGUGGGCUAGCUCAAAAGGAAUACAGGAGAAGGCAUGAUAGAAUGGGCUUGAGGGUGUAUUGGGAACUGUGUAGGAAGUAUGGAGUGAAGUGUGCUGAUGUUUGGUAUAAGGAAGUACCCGAUGAGGUAAGGGUGUCAGAGGAUGGUCAGGUAGAGAUUUGGUGGGACAGGGGCGUCGAGACAACACAGAAGAUGGAACAUAAUCGUCCGGAUGUUACUGUGUUGAAUCGGGUGGCCCAGGAGUGGACGUUUGUUGAUUUCUCGGUGCCUUGGGACAAGAACGUGGUGUUGAAGGAGGAUGAAAAGGUUGCAAAGUAUGCACCUUUGGCAAAGGAGAUAAGGAAGAUGCACCGGGUAUCAACAAAGGUAGUUCCAUUAGUUGUUGGUUGUCUUGGGGUUGUGUCGAGUAGGUUUGUGGGAUACCUAAAAGUUUUGGGUAUCCCAGAUGUUCUGGGUGGUAUGCAGACGUGUGCAGUGAUUGGGACCACCCUCAUUUUACAAAAGGUGCUUAGCGUCUAA